UCUAGUGAUAGCCAACAGCAGUCCGGUUCCGACCGUUUCAUUGUUAGUUUGUGUAAUUUACGUGUGUCGUGUCCGUUUACGUUGUUGCACUUGUCGCGAGUGAUUACUAUUUUAUAAUAAUCGGAUUUUCUUAUACUCCGCUCUUGCGUGUUAAUGUGAGUGUAAUUACAGUCAUAAUAUUGAAAUUAACUAGAGUGGGAUUAAGAAAAAUAAAUAUCAAUAAUUAUUUUAAAUAAUAACCAUUUAUUCAGGUGGUCAAACGAAAUGGGCUUGAAGAUAGCUUGAGUAUAUUUUUAAAAAGUUCGCCAUGAACUCAAUUGCAUGGUCGUUAGUGCUGGCCGUGGUAGGCUGCUUUGUGUGCAGGACCACGAGUCAUGUAGCCCUCACAUUUCCUCCUGCACGGUCUUAUGACCUCGAUUUUUUGGACACAGGCAGGACUCCGGGCCCAUGUGGGAUGCCUAAAGGUUCCAUUAAGACUUCACUCUUGGCUGGUUCAUCAUUCAAUAUUACUUGGCAUCUAGCUUAUCCUCACCGGGGUGGCAUCAAAAUCCAAGUGCUAGACAAUUACCAGAGACCAGUGUUGGAUUUGACCCCGGUUACAAAAGAUUCAGAGUUUUUAAGGACAGACGCAACGGCCCAGUCAUACACUGUCCAACUACCCAACGAUUUUGUUUGCGAUGAUUGUACCAUUAGAUUAUUGAGAGAGGCCUUGGAAUGGGGAAACAGUUACAAGUUCUGGUCUUGUGCAGACGUUGACAUAAAAAAUAAAAAAAAUUACCGAGAAGAUUGUAGCGGUAAAGGUCGAUAUUUGUUAUCCAAAUGUCGAUGCGAUAGAUUGUACUACGGUUCACGAUGUCAAUACAAAGAUGAAUGUAUCGAAGAUAAUGAUUGUGGAGAUCAAGGUAGAUGUAUUGAUGUACACGCUACUUCAGCCCCUAGAAAACAAUGUUACUGUGAACCUGGUUGGUUUGGACCAGCAUGUACAAAACGUUCUACAUUGAAAUCAACUGAAAUUGAUCUCAGCAAUUACAGAUUUAAAGAGUUAUCAAAGGAUUUCCACAUGUAUUGGAAAGUUUUUAAGGAAGAGGGUGAAAUAGAAGUGGUAUUACGAGCAAAUAGCACUAGCUACUUAGGUUUGGGGUGGAGACCGAAGAAUUUAACGGCUGACUGUAAAAAUUUCCCAAUAUUGGCAGAUUUACCAGGUGCAAAAGCACUUGCUGUAGUACCAAAAGUCGAACCAGAACCAAAAAGUGAUCCGGAACCUAAAACUGAACCAGAGCCUAAAACCGAACCUGAGCCAAAAACCGAACAAGAACCCAAAACUGAACCAGAGCCUAAAACUGAACCAGAGCCUAAAACUGAACCAGAACCAAAAACCGAACCUGAACCUAAGUCUGAGCCAGUGCCCAAAACAGAACCAGAACCAAAAACUGAACCAGAGCCCAAAAUUGAACCAGAACCCAAAUCUGAACCAGAGCCUAAAACUGAACCAGAACCCAAAACUGAACCUGAACCUAAAACUAAAUCUGAGCCAAAGAGUGAACCUGAACCAAAAAGUGAACCGGAACCAAAGAAUGUUUUAGAACAUAAAACUGUACCUGACCUGAAAAAUUUACCAGGGUUAAAAUCUAGUGUAAAACCAAAAACUUCUCCAAGCACUACACAUAAACCAGAGCCAGAGCCAGAACCAGAGACUAGUGCCGAACCAUAUCCGGAACCAACUAAGCCAUCUACCACAACGACUUCAGUUCCUAGUUCUACAAGACCGAAGCCAUCAUUCUUCCGCACUAGAGGCCGGACAGCUAAGCCAAAAACUUCAGAAGAAUCUACAACAACAGCAACUUCUUCGACAUCAUCUCAAAGACAUACCAACGCUAGACCAGUUUUCGCUCAACUUAGAAAUAAAAGAUCAACUCCUAAUGAACCUCAACCUGAAACUGAACCAGAACCAACAUCUGAACCAGAACCGGAAACAAAACCCAAAGAAAAUAACAAUCAUCAUCACGAUCAUUCUGCACAUCACAAUCAUGAUCACCAAAAUUCUACAGAAACUCAAAAAAAAGAUAUGAAACUCAAUAUGUAUACUCCUAAAGGUGAUUUCAGCGGUAUGGAUUGUACAGAUUUGGUCAUCGGUUCAGCCAGAGGAUCGGCAAGCAGAGUAUGGGAUUAUUAUACAAGAGACCGGUCUACACCACAAAUAGAUAGUUAUUGGGGCGGAAAAAAUGACCUUACUGCAGCAUUUGGAUUUGAAAAGGAUGGCGUUACGACCAUUGCCUUUAGGAAGAAGCUUAAAUCUACUGAAUCAACAGAUCAUUCAAUUGUCGAUGAUAUGAUGCACGUUAUUUGGGCUAAAGGACAAGAACAUAAACAUUACCAACAUUCGCCAAAAUCUGGUCUUGAAAAAGAUGUUUCUUCUGUAAAAGAUUUCUACAAACAAGACGAGCUAAAAUAUCAUGGUCAUGCAUCACAACGUGGAGUAGUUUCCAUAAACUUUUUUCAUGAUCCUGAACAACAAAAACUAGCAGUAAAUGAACAGACAGUUACAAAAACCGAUGGUGAUGCAAUGGCUCAAAGUAAGUCACCGAAUCAACAAACAUCGUUUAUGCCGACAUCAACUCCUAGUAAUUGUUAUGGCCAAUGGUCAACUCCAAAAGGCUGUGACGUCAAUGCUGGACAAUGUAUGUAUCACGUCGUUUGGACAUACUCGUCGAAAACCGAUUAUAUGCGAUUUACUAUCUCUACUACUCACACAACUACAUGGACUGGAAUAGGAUUUUCAGAUGACCAUAGAAUGAGUCAAACAGAUGCUGUAAUUGGUUGGGUAGAUAAAACUGGACGUCCAUUCCUUAUGGAUACCUGGAUUAACGGAUACACAGCACCGUCUCUCGAUGCUUCUCAAGAUUUGAGUAACAUUACUGGUAGCACUGUGGAUGGAGUAUCUACUUUAAGUUUUAUGAGAAAAAGGUCAACUGGAGAUACUAAAGACAUGAUGUUCUCGGACGAACGAUGCCUCUACCUAACGUUUAUCGUGAAAGGAGGCGGUUACAAUCCAGUAAACAAGAAAAUCAAGAAGCACGAAAUGGUACCUGCGUUUUCCAACGAGAGAAUUUGUAUGAAAUCAUGUGGAGCUGAAGAAGAUUGGGAAUCUGCUACAACAACAACUUCACCAAAAGCUGCUUUCAACGUUGCUGUAAAGUUAGUAAAACUAGGUGAGAAUUUUGUAGUUCCACCUGCAGGUAGCCCUGAUUUUGAUGCACUAGCAAAUACAGUUACUACUGGAUUCAAAAAAUCGUUAACUAAAUUACCAGAAUUUUAUAAAAUUAGUGUUAAUGAAUUUUCCCAAGAAAACGAUAAUGUCGUGGCAAAAAUGAACGUUGAAUUAGAUGAAAGUGGUGGUGGCUCCCGAGGUCGUGCUUUGAGCACUGAAGAAGGCGCUGAACAAUUAGAACGUGUUCUUAGAGAUACUGUCAAUAGUGGUAAGAUUGGCGCUUUGUCUUUAGAUCCAAAAUAUUUUGUAUUUGAAGCAGCUCCACUUUCUAAUACGAUUUCAAGCGAGGACAAUGCUAACGAAGGACUUUUAUUGUCAUCGACUAAACUAUGGAUUGUCAUUGGUUGUAUUUCUGCUUUGGUCUUUAUUGCAAUUGUACAAGCUGGCUGUACCAUUUAUAAGACAGCUAGAAGGCCAAGACCUAAUCAUAAGGAUCACAACGGUGUAAAUUCUGCCUGGAAAGACUAUUCGGCUGGCGGUGGCGGCGGUGCUAAUACAAACUAUGCUUUCGACCAAUAUGAUGGCGACGAAAAAAUAUCGCCCAGUUCAUUGAGUCACACUUCCACCAUACCGCUUACCACUAAAUUGGUGUCUCACAAUGGAAAUGGUGGCAAUCAUUACGCCGAGUCCAAGUCACUGCACAGAUCAUCACAGACCAACGGCCGACAUAUGAACAGUCGCCCACCUCCGCCUCCUAACACACACAACGAUCGAGCGGCCGGUACGUAUUCACUGCCCAGGCCGGUACAACAGCCUCCCCAGCACAACGGCUAUUACACGCACAGGCCACCUAAUAGAACGCCUGGAGGUGGCCAUUCUGAUCUACAACCUGACUUCUACUUUAUGCCUUCUCAGAGAAAAUACUCUGGGGAGGUGGUUAGGGUAUACGUGGACUAUAACACUAACCCUAGAAAAUAGUAAUGUCAAUACUACUAUUAUAGAUAAUUAAAAAUAAAAUGACAAUUUUAUUUAAUGUACGUAAUACAAAUAAUAUUGUUGAUAUUAUAUGUAAUUAUAAUAUCAACUGUAAUUAUAAUUACAGUUAACUUUUGUACAUACAUUAUAAUAUAUAUAAUUAUAUUUAAUAAUUUUGGAACUGUUUAGUUUUGUCUAUAUCUAUAUGAUUAAAUGUCUUGGUACAAUACUAAUCGAUCUAUUUAAAAGAGGAAUCAGUAAAACAAAAUCGAUGGAUAAUUCGAAAUAAUUGUUACAUUUUGUUUUGUUAUUAAGUCUAACAACCUCUUUUGAAAGCUACUUUUCUUUUUACAUAAUCCUUAAAAAAAAUAGCUGCGGGAAUAUUCAAACCGUAACGACCUUGUAUGUGCCAUUUAAAAAUUGACCUGUUCACUAAAAAAAUAAACUUUCCUUCCUCCGUCCGAGUUUUGAAAUUUGGAAUGUAUUUUAUUUUAUGAUUUUUGUAAAAUAUAACGUUUAUCUUACUUAUACUUAAAUAGUUUUUUUUAUACAUGAAACAUAUUGUAAUUAUAUGUGUUAAGCCUAUAUUGACUGUAUUAAUAUUAAUAUUUUAUAAUUUAGAUUAUUUAAAUUAGCUUGUAUGAAAUUUAAUCUUAAAUAGUGUUCAUUCAUUUGAAAUGUAAAAAUAAUUAAGUUAAUUAGUAAAUAAUUAAAUAAGUAUAAAAUACAGUAACAUGGACAGGGAGAUUUCGUUAUUUAUUAAAAAAUUUAUUAUUGUUAAUAUGUUUUCGAUGUUUUAAUUGUCGUAAAAAUAAUGCAAUUUAUUGUACGCCUAAUAAAUGUUUGAUAAAAAUAAAAUA